CAGCAAGGGCUGCACCACCAUCAUCACCGUCGACGUCGUCGUCUUUAUCCCAAUUCUUCUCAUCGCCAUUGCCCGUCUUUAUUUGUGAUCAUACCAAAACCCUCCUCGUCAUCACCGCCGUGCAGUACCGGAGAUAGCGGCAGGCAAAGCGUGAGAGGCGAGGCAGCGCUCGUAACAAUAAUAAUGAUGGUGAUGGUGGUGGCGGUUGCUCUUUGAGAGGGAUUGCACCUCGAUUCUCGAUGCCCGUAGCUCGCUGCUGAGAUGAAGCAGCAGCAGCAGCAGCGAGCGGCAUCAGAGUCCUCCCGUGGGGUCACUGCGGGAGCGUGCGGAUCGGGGUCAGGGCCAGGUCAAGUCUCGGCGCAGAGUUCAAGGUCGGAGCAAAACGGGGCAGGGUCGGUCCUGGUCAUGGGAACCGAGGGUCCGCCAGGUCACGGCUGCCACGGGGGCAGCGGUGGCCGUGCCGAGCUGGGUGCCACGCCACGCCAGGACUACGAGGCCCUGCGCCGGGCGACAACGGAGCGGGGAGACCUCUUCCAAGAUCCGCUCUUCGACGCGGACAUGGAAUCCCUGGGCUCGGGGCGGCUGCCUGCGGACCUGGGCAAGCUCAAGACUGUCAUGUGGAGGCGACCACUGGAGAUCUCCCAGAAUGCAGUGUUUAUGGUCGACAGCUUGGACUGCACUGACAUGAAGCAAGGGGAUUUUGGCGACUGCUGGCUGCUGGCAGCCAUUGCAUCCCUGACCCUGCACCCCAGGCUGUUGGCUCGCGUGGUGCCAGAAGGACAGAGCUUCAGCGACGGCUACGCCGGCAUCUUCCACUUCCAGUUCUGGCAGUUUGGAGAGUGGGUGGACGUGGUUGUGGAUGACCGCCUCCCCACUUACAACAACAAGCUGGUGUUCGUGCACUCGCCCAAGCACAAUGAGUUCUGGGCAGCUUUGCUGGAAAAGGCUUACGCCAAGCUUCACGGCUCGUACGAAGCCCUGAGAGACGUGGGUGCGUGGGAGGCGAUGGAAGAUUUCACGGGCGGUAUCAUGGAGUCCCUGCCACUGACCGACGAGUCACCUGAGCUCUUGUACCGAAACAUGAGGACCGCCUUCCGAAGAGGAUCCUUCCUUGCCUGCUCCGUUGACGUUGAGAAGCCCGAGCCCAUAUCUGGCCUGGAGAAGGAGCACGUGUACUUCGUGACAGGAAUCAAGGAGGCGUGUGUGGCCAAGCAGAAAGUGCCGCUGAUGUUACUUAAGGAUCCAUGGGCGCAGUCACGCUGGAAGGGGCCCUGGGGACACCGCUCACAGGAGUGGCGGCAGAUAGCGGCACCAGAGAGAAAAGCCCUCUUGUCACUCGUCAGUGAUGAGGAAUUUUGGAUGUCUUUAGAGGACUUCAGGAGCACAUUCACACAGAUGCAACUGUGCCACCUGACCCCAGCUGACCUGGGAGAGAACACAUGCAAGAGAGGCUCUCUCACUGUGCACCGGGGCUGCUGGGUGCGCGGAUGCUCCGCUGGUGGGGGCUCUGCCUUCCCAGGCACAUUCUGGACCAACCCACAGUUUAAUCUUCAGCUCUUUAAAGAAGAUGAUGACCCCACUGAUGGUGAAGUGGACUGCUCAUUCAUUGUCUCCCUGAUUCAGACAAGAUCACAGAGAUUUUCUGCACAUGGUUGUAGAACUCAACUAUUGCCAAUUGGAUUCAGUAUCUUCCAGGAGGACAAGGAUGCCGAGCGGAGGUGGGAAAGGCUCCCGGUGGCCGGCACGGCAGACUUUGUGGAGGCUCGGGAGGUGUUCGUACGGUUCUGUCUCCCGCCCGGCACCUACACGGUGGUGCCAUCGACGCGGGAGCCACACCACGAGGCCGGGUUCGUGCUGCGCAUCCUCGCUGAGAAGCUCAGCUCCAUGAGUGAAGACGAAAGUACAGUAGCAGCAGACCUUCCCUUAAAGAUGGGACUGCCCUCCCUGGAGCUCACUGAGCAGGAGAAAGCGGAGCUCUUCAUGGUCUUCUCAGAGGUGGCAGGAGAGGAAAUGGAGGUGCGUCCAAAUGACCUGCUGAAGAUUUUUAAUAGUCAUUUAAACGCAAGCAAGGCAUUGCAGACAGACAGUUUCAGCAUAGAGACAUGUCGCAGCAUGGUCGCAUUGCUGGAUACACAUUUGUCAGGACGGUUGGGCUUUGAAGAGCUCCAGGUUCUGUGGGCCAAGAUCAAGACCUGGAAGGAUAUUUUCAGGAGGUUCGACCAAGAUGGAUCAGGCAUGAUGUCAUCUUACGAGCUGCACACUGCCCUCAAUUCUGCAGGGUUCCCGUUGAACAAUCGACUUCGCAAAGUGCUGGUGCUGCGAUACGCCGACCAAUCGAUGCAGCUUUGCUGGGACAAAUUUGUGUGCUGCUUGCUGAAGAUUGAGGCCACCUGCAUGGCUCAUCUGUACCAUGUACACAUGAUCUCGCACAGUCACUCCCACAGCUGCCAGGUGUGUCUUGUUUCUGGGAAAGUUUGUUCAAAUAAAAGUAUCCGACCACCAGUUGGAGACGAGUGUUACCAAUUGGAUUGCAAUUUUUACCAGUAUUUGGGCUGAUUUUUAUUUCACCACUUUACACUACCGAUGAUAUUCUAUUCUUGCAUGUGACAAUAUAUUAAUGAGCUAAAAUGCCACUGUCGAGGUCUGCUACCCAUGAGAGAUUCAGGAGAGUAUGUGUCGCAUUGCUAUUCCUCCACUGAAGGAGCACAUACUAUAGUGGAUUACUGCAUCGCCCAUAGUUUGGUUUGCAUGGCCAGUCGCACUGUGGCGAGUCUUUAUUUUCAAUUUCCGCUGAUGUCAGAUCAUUACAGCUUCAUUGUCAAUGCGAGUUAAAGUUCUGAUCGGAAAAUGGUGCAGGCGUGGGAAGGGCUGCCAGAUUGAAUUUCGUGCACAAAUUCGUCGUUUUUCUUUUAAAGCUGUGAAAUGGAAAGAAAAAUAAACGUUUUAAAAAUGCGUGCCCUUUUUUUGGGCUCCAAUGUUGGCAAUUGUGUGGGGCUUUUAGGUUCUUCUGUCUAGAGGUCUAGACACUUAUUUACGAACAAAUCUGGCAGCCCUGGACAUGAGCUGCCUUUGGAAAAAAUGUGACAAUUGUUCAACUCGCUUCCAUACCUUGAUCUACCUUAUUACUGUCAUCAGUCUUUUCAAUAAAAAAUAUGUUUGUGUAUUUAUUGAAGUUGGUAAACAAACCGCUCAAUUGAAUUGUGAGAAUUCGUUUUUGAAGCCUUGACUUAACUAUCAGUAAAAUAAUUUAGCAAAUUUCGAUCUGAUUUCAAAGUGAAUGAUUAACACUAACAAAGGCAAACUCUUCUUCAUCUCACCCUCCAGCCAUUCCAGGAUGUCCCUGCAUGAAAUGCUUUUUUGCUAAACAAUGAGUAUAAAUGUAAAAAUACUCGACAUAUACAAAACGCCAUAUAAUGUAUAGUAAUGUUCGCAGAUAAAAUAUGUAAUUUUUCAAGUUUAAAUGCAUGGCAUUCAGUUAAAGUGGUUUGAGCAAGAGUUGUAUUUCACCUUUCUUCACACAAAUUACAUGUGUUGGGGCUCCAUUUAACACAACUGAAAAAAGCUUUAAUAAAUGCAAUAUCUUUCUACAAAGUGAACCUGUUACGGCAGUUUAUUGAAUGUGUAGAAUUUUUGUAAAUUGGUCGACACUGCUGAGAUCAUGGGUUCAACAAUCUUAACAGCACCCACGUCCAUUCGCUUUACAGUUUUAAAGACAAGGUAACAUAAUCGAAUGAUUUUAAUGGCAGGAGCUUACAAUGGCUGUUCAGUAUCUUUGCUGGGUGUGUCUUGACCGUACAGAUAAGACUUUUAUUAGCACGCCGCACCCCCUCCCGUAGGUAACACUUUUAAAAUAUGGUGAUCUCGACCAAGUGCUACUUUAUCCAUUUCAUCAAGGGGGAUCCUUUACCGCUUUGGAGCAGUCUAAAUCAUAUCCGCUACCCUGCAAUUAACACAAGCAUCACUCGCUCUCUCCCAUAGGGAAGAUAAAAAGGGAAAUCAACCCUGUGUGCUCUGCCAAGGCUUAUUAAAAAAAAAAUCUAUCUUUGAGAUAUUAACCUUACAUUUUUUGUGUGGACUGGGAACACGAAACCAUUUCGAUGAUGUAGGCUCGACCAAAACUAAUUUCUGUGUGAUUUUUCCCCAAAACGAAUUUUGGGCGCACCAUCAGAGUUCCCUUGCGUCAGUCAGAAGAGCGUCGUCUUUGCCGAGAGCCACAACUCGCUGACGCUCGUGUCGCGUUAUC